AGAUGAGAUGGGGUAGGAAAGCAGUGGUGUAGAUGAGGUGGGGUAGGAAAGCAGUGGUGUAGAUGAGAUGGGGUAGGAGAGCAGCGGUGUAGAUGAGAUGGGGUAGGAAAGCAGUGGUGUAGAUGAGAUGGGGUAGGAAAGCAGUGGUGAAGAUGAGAUGGGGUAGGAAAGCAGUGGUGUAGAUGAGAUGGAGUAGGAAAGCAGUGGUGUAGAUGAGAUGGGGUAGGAAAGCAGUGGUGUAGAUGAGAUGGGGUAGGAAAGCAGUGGUGUGUUGAGACGGUGUAGGAUCCAGGGGUAUGACAAGGUUUCGGGGCAGCACAUGUGGAGACCUGCAGGGUGUAUGUGAGGAUAACGCGUGUUAGGAUUGCGGAGAGUGGCGCGGAGAGGCACACCGCUGUGCGUUAAUGGCUCGGAUACCUGUGGAUGACAGUCCCGGGACAGGUCGCUGACAGGUCGCACCGUUGCCGGCUGGUGUCCCGCCCCCUGCCCCGCCCCCUGUGCUGGCUGCUUGCGGGCCGCCCGGGAGCCGCGCACUCUGCCCCUGACAUGGACGAGAGAGCCCGGCAGCCCCCGCUCAGCACGGUCACCGCCAACUGCAAGAGUCCGCAGCCAGCACGACAGGGGAACAGCAUCAAGCUCUCCGUCUUCAGCAAGGUGUGCUAUGCCGUCGGAGGAGCCCCCAAUCAGGUGGCCGGCAGCGCGUCCGCGUUCUUCCUGCAGAUCUACUUGCUGGACGUAGCACAGAUCACCCCCUUUGAAGCCUCUCUGGUGCUGUGCGUUGGAAAAACUUGGGGUGGCAUCAUGGACCCGGUCGUCGGCUUUUUCAUUAAUAAAAGUAAAUGGACCAGGAUUGGCCGCUUUAUGCCAUGGAUUGUGGGAUGCACGCCCUUUCUGGUCCUGUCCUAUUUCUUCUUGUGGUUUGACCCACCGUUUGUCGCAGGAAGAGUCGUGUGGUAUCUCGCCUUCUACUGCUUCUUCCAAGCUUUGAGUACAGUUUACCAUGUCCCGUACACAACGCUAACCAUGUUUCUCAGCACCGACCAGGCGGAGAGGGACUCGACCACUGCGUACAGAAUGACCGUGGAGGUCCUGGGGACCCUUAUAGGAGCAGCGGUUCAAGGACAGAUAGUGGCGAGCGCUCACACGGGCCACCACUGCAUCACGAACAACGAGACCACCAACUUCACGGUUAAUUCCACCGAAUCUCCGGCCAACGGCACCCUCCUCCCGGGAUCCCCCGACCUGCUUCAUGCUAGGAACGUCUACAUGAUUGCGGCCGGAGCGAUAGGCUGCGUGUAUCUGCUGUGUACGUCCAUUCUCUUCAUCGGAGUAAAAGAAAGACACGAUCCGGUGUAUUCUUCUGGCAAGAUUAUUCCUUUUUUCAAGGGUUUCAAGCUGUCGAUGCGACACGGUCCGUACCUCAAUCUCAUAGCCUCCUUCCUGCUCAUCUCAGCCGCUGUUCAGCUUCAGCAGAGCAAUUUUGUCCUUUUUUGCACGCACGCGGCAGACCUGAGGGAUCACUUCCAGAACCUGGUGCUGACCAUCCUGAUCUCGGCUGUCCUGAGUAUCCCGUUCUGGCAGUGGUUUCUAAAAAGAUUUGGCAAGAAAAUGGCUGCAUUCGGGAUUUCGUGGAUGAUCCCGUUUGCCAUCAUGCUGGUGACCAUCCCGAGCCUCGCCGUGGCCUACGCGGUUGCUGUGACGUCUGGUUUAAGUAUCGCUGCAUCACUUCUCUUACCAUGGUCCAUGCUUCCUGAUGUGGUGGAUAAUUUCCGUCUGAUGAACCCUCAAGCCAAGGGGUUGGAGGCGAUUUUCUAUUCGACGUUUGUUUUCUUCACGAAGCUGUCGGCCGGCAUAGCGCUGGGAAUUUCCACGAUGAGCUUGGAGUUCGCCGGGUACAGCAGCGCCGCGUGCAAGCAAUCCCACCACGUGGUGGUGACGCUCCAGAUUCUUAUCGGGGCAGUGCCUGCUCUCCUCAUCAUCGCCGGGCUCCUGAUACUCGUCUUCUACCCGAUCACCGAAGACAUACGGAAAGAGACUGAAAUGGCGUUGGACGUGAUGAGGUUACGGACCCGGCGCUCAACGCUUAUAGUUAUGUGACGCUUACAUACCGGUACCGGCAGCGCUGCACAUCGGAUCAGGGAGAACUGUUUAUAUCUUAUCCAGAUAUUGGGACUGGUUCUUUAUUCACAGUCCUUCAGCACCAGAGACUCGAAUUCUCUUUGCAGGAACAUUUUCUCAGCAGCUGUGUAAAAAAACAAACCCAAACAUUUGAAUAUUUUUAGCUUUUUGGUUAAAAUAAGCAUUUAGUUUUGUAUAUAUAAAUAUUAUUUUAAGCAGAUGAAUUAAUAUUAUUGUUCACUGAUGAUUAUUAAUAUAUUCAGGCGGCAAAACUGUUACACGUGAUAAUAGAACACACUCCUCUUUAUAAA